UUCCAUUCGGUAGGUUCUAUUUACCUAUAAGAGACGAAGGCGGGGAUAUAUUGAUUGACACUUACACAAUAGAACGUGUUGAAAACGCAUAUGAGCUUCUUGGUCUGUUCAGUAAGAGGCUGAUGUUGGCGACAGAGAUCAUAAGUUUAUCUGAGGAGCUAGACAAUGGAGUUGCUGCAAAACUUCGAUUAUCUGCUUAUGAUGACGACGAUGACGAACAAGUUGACGAAGACGACGAUGGAACAUAUAAAGCACUAGAUGAUUAUCAUCGUCAUACGUCAAAACAAUUCAUGGCUCAUUUAAGAGAUUUUCUCCGAAAGUCCAGUAAGCAUGGUAUAAGUUUCAAUGAUACAGCUGACUUCCUAUCGCACAUAUUUGCGUCAGUUGACGAUCAUGGUAUGCCAUUAUGCUUAAGUGAUUGCAUUGUAAGAGCCAAACAUCAGCAACCCUCUCCGUCUCCACCCUAUACUACAGUGCACCCAAUUGUACAAAUGAUAGGACAUCCUCCACGGGAAGAUCAUCAUAACCACCAAGGUCAUACAGAUUACCAACAAGUUGAAAUAUUUUUUUAUUGCAGUAAUGCUUGCAAAAAUGCUUUAUUGGGUCGUGGAAUGGAUACUUUGGGAAAAUAGGAAAAGGCAUGGUGAAUGGGAAAAAAAACAUUGUAUAUAAGAAAAUAAAUGCUGGCAUUUGUUGUGGUAUUCUAUGCAAAGUGCUUUACACAUGAUUAGCUCGAAUGUUUCCUUAAUAUAUUAAUUUGAAUUCGUUUAAUGAUAAGUGUAAGGUUUUCCUUUUUAAUGUUGCUUCUUAUAUCAGUAACUUUGUCGAAGGAUAUUGAAACUAUUUUCAAAAACUUUUCAUUGUUACAUUUGAGAUAACAUGUAAGUAAAUGGGCGAUCUCACGGACUUAAAAUGCUUGUUUCUCUAUGAUUGACAUAUGUCAGCAACCCAGCAACACAUAUGAAUAUCUAAACAUUAUAAUAUAUGCAAAUAAAAUUUCAAGAAGAUAGAAGUACAAAUGUAAAGAAUUCACGCAAAUAACACUAUAGUUUGAUUUUAUUCUGCUUGCUUUAGAAACAUAUCAGGAAAGCUCAAUUAAAACAAAAACGAAAGCCAAGGAUACAUAAAUGAGCAAUGAGCAAAAUAAAAGUCGAACGAGCAAUUUGAGAAAAUAACAAAAUGUUAAACUCUUUUGUUAUCAAAAUUAUGGUUUCGCGACAAAGUGGCAUAUGGCUGAAAGCAAUUUUCCUUAUUUUGUGUCUGCUUGUGGUAGGUUUUUUGAUUGUUUGAGAUUUAAAAAAAAAACAAAUAUUAAACAUUGCACUAAUGUUUAGUUUGGGGAUAAGAUGAAUGAACAUACUAAUUUUGAUAAGACAUGCUUAUUAUGAUUUUCGGUGUGGUUUAAUAUCUGUGUGGGUUUUUAUCGUGUCCGAUUGAUAGGUUUUUGAUUAGACUUGCCGCAAACAUAUACCGAAAAAUAAGUACGAUCUAAUGUUGAGAAAUUUGUUU